AUGUCCUCGGACAGCUUCAUACCGACUGGCGCCGUCGAGCCCACCAUUGCAGAUACAUCUUCGCCUGAAAAUCACCUCCAGUUGGCCGUCGAGUUCGGUACUGAUCCUGGAGCCACCAUCUACGCUCCUCCUUCAGCUCCUGAACCGGGCUUUAUGGCAGCAGAACGGCCUGGAUAUGCUGGUUCACCUCAGCCAAACACGGCUUUCGCCACGACGAGCCAUGUCUUCACCCAUGACCACAGCGCCCUGAGCCUCGUACCACAUCUCGCCGACCAUAGAUCUGCCGCAUUCUCACCCCCCAGCGUGGCUCUCAACACCACGUCGGCAUGGCAGUAUGGAGAAGACGUCUCCGGCUUUGGCCAACUCCACGGUAGCCUGGACAAUUCACCGCAUGCUGUCGGCCAUGAAUCCGACGCAUUGCCGCUCCCUGCUAUUCCCUACAACACGACGUCGGCAUGGCAGUAUGGAGAAGGAGGUGUCUCCAACCAUGGCCACAGCGGUCUGGACUACCCACCGCAUCCUUUCAGUCAUUCAUCCAGCAUUUUCUCACCCGCCGGCAUACCCAGUUUGCCUAUCAAUACGACGUCGUCAUGGCAGCAUGACGAAGUCGUGUCUAGUCUUGGCUAUGACAACCUGGAUUUCCCACUUUAUCCUGUCGGGCAUGAAUCCAACGCAUUCCCACCUCCCGGCAUGCCCAUCAACGCGACGCCACCAUGGCAGUUUGAAGAACUCAUGCCAAGCCAUAGCCCCCCCUUCAACAGCCAGGUGCCUUUCCUGGACCCUGAUGCCGACCCUGCUUCCUGGUCAGGGCUGGAGGCACCAUUAGACAGCUCCUCAUCACCGAUCGCCGACGUGGGAGCCACAUCUCUACACCGCCAGCCUCCCUAUUCCAACCUGCCCAUGCAGCUGUCUGCCGCUGGUAUUCCGGCAGAUCAGACACCCCGGCACGUCUCUGUAUCCUCCGGGUACUCCAGGCCCUCAUCGUCGUCAUCGACGACAAAUGACGUUGAUGACGCCGCCUGGCAAUCCAUCUUGCCCAUCUUUCAUGCCCCAGCUUCCGGACAGCGCGCUUUCCCCGACCCGCCGGCCGCCGCUGGCGAGCUAGAUAUGGGCUCCCCCCCGGCCCUCCUCCCCUCGGCCGUGCCGCCCAUCUCGCACCCGGCCCCUGUGCCGACUCCGCCCCUUGCUGAAAAUGACGCUACUGCCUCCGUUCCAUUUGUGAACAGAUCCCGCUCUUGCGUUCCCACGGCAGCCGUGCAGCUUGGCUUCGAAAUGGUCGACCGUCAACAGCAGCAUGCCUUCCUCGAUCCCUCCUGGGUUCGACAACGUGCCGAAUCCCAGCAGGCAGACAUCCGGCUCCUGCGCGCGACCAUGGACCGUAUCAAGCACCGGUGGGCCACGGAGAAGUCAAUCAUGAGACGAAACUUGGGGCUUCUCAAAGAUCAAAUUCAUCGGCUGCGUGUCGAGAAUCUGAUGAUGAGGUCCGCUGCUUGCCACGUUCCUGAUGGCCAUGCCACGAGCCGAAACGAUGGCGGUGGGGACAGUGUCACCGGUGUCGACUCCUCGCCCGAUUCCAUGGCCGCCCGAUUGUCGCCUGUCACAGCACAGCAGGCCGGCAGUUUUCUGUUUGAGCGCCCGCCUUCGCCUCCCGGGUCCUGGCCCCGACACUCUCCGAUCCCGGGAAGCCCUUGCCAAUAUGUCGGCGAGCAGAGAAUCCCUUCGAACCAGACCGAGGAUGUUGUGGUCCGUACGGUCGUGGACGUCUCGGAGAUAUACCCCGAACUCGAUGGAAUACCCAUCAGGUUGGCCACGAUUUUGCGCCCCACGUUUCAAGACACGUCCACUGUCCCCAGCGGCCUCGAUUCUGCGGUUGCACCGGCCGGCCGCAGGUCGCCAUCGGCGCGCUGCCUCACCCACGACGCCCCGACCUCGGACUGCUCUGUCAUGCAAGAGUCGGUCGCCGAUGAUUCCAGUCUAGACUUGCAAGCCGGUUCCGCCGCCGCAGGCGAGCUCCUCACCAGCCGGUCCAUCCAGUGCAUCCCGUCUACGGCGCAGAUGCACCCAUCCACAUCCCAGCAAGAAGUAUCCAGUCCAGUAGGCGACAGCAUCGCGGUUCCUGAUGUCCAGUACGUCCACGGCGGCGAGAUGGACCGUGGCGUCGAGGAGAGAGGCCACCUGGAGCCUACCGACGAUGUGCCCCUCCGUGGACCCCUGAUGAUGCAGAGCAUUCCUGCCGACGACGACCUGUUCAUGAUGCAGCUAAACGAAAGGCUUGCUUCCAUCUCCGGCGGGCAGGGGGCCGUGCCCUAUGUCCUCCAGUCUUCGGAGCGGAACUUGGAGCUAGCUGCGAGCCCGGCCGGUCCUGCUUCCCCAAUAGGUGAAGCCAACGACGCAUCUGGCAGCGAUGUUGUGUGCCACGGUUGUGAGAUGUCUUCUACAUGUGCGAGCCAUGAUGCAGACGGAGCCGCCGCCGGCGAGCUCAGCCCGACAGCUGAUCGCUCUGAGUAG